AAAAGAACCUGAAAUGGUAAUCCGUUGUUCGUUUGUUUUUAUAUGACGUACCUUUCUAUCACUACCCACAUCUCAUUGCGUGCUACGGAUGAACAUUUAGCAUUCCGCCAUCUUGCCGGAUUUCGAUUCACGGAUCUUUCUUAUCAUGGCGAGUUUAUUGAGAAUGGGUGCUUUACCUCGAAUGUACGCUAGAGUUGCCUGUAGAUCAAUCCAGACGUCAGCAGCCCGUAAAUAUUAUCCAGUUCCAAAGAUCAGACCAGAGUACGGGUCUGAACUAGCCGCGCUGCAAGCCAAGGAACAGGGUCCGUGGACCGAGCUCACAAUACAGGAGAAAAUCGAUUUGUACAAAGCUCAGUUUCCUAAAACUAUAGCAGAGGAGAAGACAGAGGAGCCUUAUGUAAAGAAGAUGAUUGGAUUGCUCUCUAUUUUGAUGGCUGUUUCAGUUGGUCUUUUUGCAUUUCUAAAAAAAUAUGUUGGUCCAGAGAGGCCUCGUACCCUUACAGAGGAGUGGAGAGCAGAUGCCAAAAAGAUAGCAAGACAGCGUAGGGCAAACCCCAUCACUGGUGUCAGUUCUAACCAGUCUUAAUCGGAAUUCAGUGGUUUUUACUCUUGAACUUUGUUGCUAGCCUGCUAAUGAAUGUGAAGUGUUCUCAGAUUUUGGAAUAUGGUCUUUUUUGUGUGCUAAUUACAGAGUAAAUGUAAAUAAAAAGACAGUAAAACACC